AAACAUCACCAAAAGCUACUGAUUAUUUGAUCAAGUUUCAUGGUAAUUAGUUUCUAAAUCAUUUGUUACUCGAACAAUUAAUGGCGAUUACCACGUUAACAAAGGAUAAUCCUCCUUGUGGUGGUGGGAAGCCGUGCCCGAAGAUUCCUGUGAAUCCAUACACAAGAGCUGUGAAGAAUUGGAAGGAUGUCGCAAUGGCCAUCACCAGAAGCUACCUUGACGAUGGAGGAUACUUGGCGAUUGUUAGGGUGGCGCUACUUUGCGAUCCACUCAAAUUUUUAGAUUUUGUAUGAAUCUGAUGUUUAUUAAAUAUUUGGGGUGGGUUGGGUGGAUUUUUAAAAGUAAAAUGCAUCCAUUCGCGGUUAAAUGCAUUGACAAUUUUUAAUCAAUCGUCCACUCACAUUUAGUUUCGGGUUGGGUCGGGUGAAUGACGGAUAAUGCAGGUGGGUUUGUGGAUUCAUCCACAUCACAAUGUACAAAAUAUAGAGAAGUCAACUUGACAUGAUCCAUUUAUAUUUUAGAGCCUGUGUAAUGUCAAUAUGUAAAAUAAAAAUCCAUUUCAACA